AUGGGGACGAAGAUGAAGUCCAAAACGCAAGCGGUGAAAAACAAAGACAACAAUAAGAAAGCCGUUGGUAAUGGAACCAACAAAGAAUACAACGGUGUAUUUGUUUCUUGCACCUUCUCUAGCCUUGGUCUUCACCCAACCUUAUGUGACCAACUUCGUGAAAGGAUGGGUUUUGAAGGUCCAACAUUAGUGCAAGCUCAAGCCAUUCCUAUUGUUCUCUCUGGACGUCACGCACUGGUUAAUGCUGCUACUGGUACGGGGAAGACUAUUGCAUACCUUGCUCCAAUAAUUCAUCAUUUACAGAGUAAUGAAAAGCGAAUUGAGCGAUCCGAUGGAACAUUUGCGCUGGUUCUUGUACCAGCGCGUGAGCUAUGUUUGCAGGUUCAUGAAAUUCUUCAGAAGUUAUUGCACCGGUUUCAUUGGAUUGUUCCAGGCUACAUUAUGGGUGGGGAAAGUAGGUCAAAGGAGAAAGCCAGGCUGCGCAAAGGAUUGACGCAUUGGAAGCAGGAACGGGAAGAUGGGAUGGGAGGAAUCCGUCAAAUCAUUUGUGUCGGAGUAUCCUCAAUUGCUGAGGGUAGAGAUGGCGAAGCAUUUGGGGCAUGUUCCCACCGAGAAUCUCAGUUCUGGUUGGGGCAUGUUGUGUCGUUAACAGAUACGAUGCAGAAGCACAAAUAA